AUGGUGUCCAAGCUCACGUCGCUCCAGCAAGAACUCCUGAGCGCCCUGCUGAGCUCCGGGGUCACCAAGGAGGUGCUGGUCCAGGCCUUGGAGGAGUUGCUGCCAUCCCCGAGUUUCGGGGUGAAGCUGGAGACGCUGCCCCUGUCCCCUGGGAGCGGGGCCGAGCCGGACACCAAACCGGUCUUCCAUACUCUCACGAACGGCCACGCCAAGGGCCGUCUGUCCGGGGACGAGGGCUCCGAGGACGGGGACGACUAUGACACCCCUCCCAUCCUCAAGGAGCUGCAAGCCCUCAACACCGAGGAGGCGGCGGAGCAGCGGGCGGAGGUGGACCGGAUGCUCAGCGAGGACCCUUGGAGGGCUGCCAAAAUGAUCAAGGGCUACAUGCAGCAACACAACAUCCCCCAGAGGGAGGUGGUCGAUGUCACCGGCCUGAACCAGUCACACCUCUCCCAGCAUCUCAACAAGGGCACCCCUAUGAAGACCCAGAAGCGCGCUGCCCUGUACACCUGGUACGUCCGAAAGCAACGGGAGAUCCUCCGACAAUUCAACCAGACAGUCCAGAGUUCUGGAAAUUUGACAGACAAAAGCAGUCAGGAUCAGCUGCUGUUUCUCUUUCCAGAGUUCAGUCAACAGAGCCAGGGGCCUGGGCAGUCCGAUGAUGCCUGCUCUGAGCCCACCAACAAGAAGAUGCGUCGCAACCGGUUCAAAUGGGGGCCCGCGUCCCAGCAAAUCUUGUACCAGGCCUACGACCGGCAAAAGAACCCCAGCAAGGAAGAGAGGGAGGCCUUAGUGGAGGAGUGCAACAGGGCGGAAUGUUUGCAGCGGGGUGUCUCCCCCUCCAAGGCCCACGGCCUGGGCUCCAACCUGGUCACUGAGGUCCGCGUCUACAACUGGUUCGCGAACCGCAGGAAGGAGGAGGCAUUCCGGCAGAAGCUGGCCAUGGACGCCUACAGCUCCAGCCAGACGCACGGCCUGAACCCGCUGCUCUCCCACGGCUCCCCCCCGCACCAGCCCAGCACCUCCCCUCCCAACAAGCUGCCAGGAGUGCGCUACAGCCAGCCGGGAAACAAUGAGGUCACUUCCUCCUCAACCAUCAGUCACCAUGGCAACAGCGCCAUGGUGACUAGCCAGUCUGUUUUACAGCAAGUCUCUCCAGCCAGCCUGGACCCAGGCCACAAUCUCCUCUCACCUGAUGGUAAAAUGAUCUCAGUCUCAGGAGGAGGUUUGCCCCCGGUCAGCACCUUGACGAAUAUCCACAGCCUGUCCCACCACAAUCCCCAGCAAUCUCAAAACCUCAUCAUGACACCCCUCUCUGGAGUCAUGGCCAUUGCACAAAGCCUCAACUCCUCCCAAGCUCAGAGCGUCCCUGUCAUCAACAGUGUGGCCGGCAGCCUGGCAGCCCUGCAGCCCGUCCAGUUCUCCCAGCAGCUGCACAGCUCUCACCAGCAGCCCCUCAUGCAGCAGAGUCCGGGCAGCCACAUGGCCCAGCAGCCCUUCAUGGCCGCUGUGACGCAGCUGCAGAACUCACACAUGUAUGCACACAAGCAGGAACCCCCCCAGUAUUCCCACACCUCCCGGUUUCCAUCUGCAAUGGUGGUCACAGAUACCAGCAGCAUCAGUACGCUCACCAACAUGUCUUCCAGUAAACAGUGUCCUCUCCAAGCCUGGUGAUGCCCACACAUCACUUACUUUGUGCACAGCAACAAGGACC